UCUCUCUCUUUUUGGCUUCGACGCCCCUCAAAGUGUGCGCGUGAGGGCGUGAGGGAGGGGGUCGCCGCGAGGAAGGCCAGGAAAAAGCUGUCCCCUCCACCAUGCCUGCUGCGGAAGAGAAAUUUAAGGAGAUUUGACCCACGCAAACUUUCAGCUUUUUUUUUGGGCCAUUGUGAUUUGCUUUGGACUUGUCCGAUGGAGCUGGCCGAAAAAACACCCAUUGCAAGGGCCUUCACCAUGGUCAACGAGAUUCUUCCGAUGAGCAACGGCCUUGGCACCCGCUCUGAUGGCGGCAACAGCAGCAGCAGUGGGGAGAGUUCCCAAAACAGCUCCCGCUGCUCCACCCCCAUCCUGGAUACAGAGCGUCAUGAGCGCCUGCGGGAAAAAAUGCGUCGCCGUCAGGAAUCCGGUGACAAGUGGUUUUCCCUGGAAUUCUUUCCUCCCCGGACAGCCAACGGAGCUGUGAAUCUCAUCUCCAGGUUCGACCGCAUGGGGGCAGGCGGCCCCCUUUUCAUCGACGUCACUUGGCAUCCGGCUGGCGAUCCGGGCUCCGAUAAGGAGACCUCGUCCAUGAUGAUGGCCACCACUGCCCUCAACUACUGCGGGCUAGAGACCAUUCUCCACAUGACCUGUUGCAACCAGAGCAGGGAAACCAUCACUGCCCACCUGCAGAAGGCCAAACGUUUGGGGCUGAAGAACAUUAUGGCGCUGCGAGGAGAUCCUGUCGGGGAAGAAUGGGAAGAAGAACUGGACGGCUUCAACCAUGCAGUGGAUCUGGUGAAGCACAUCCGUCAGGAGUUUGACGAUUAUUUUGACCUCUGUGUGGCCGGUUACCCUGGGGGGCAUCCCGAGGCCAACAGCUACAUCGAUGACUUGAAACACCUCAAGGAAAAAGUGUCCGCAGGAGCCGAUUUUGUCAUUACGCAGCUAUUUUUCCGGACGGAAACCUUCCUCAAAUUUCUCAUGGACUGCCAGGCCAUCGGCAUCAGCUGCCCCGUGGUGCCUGGGAUAUUCCCCAUCCAGGUAAAGGCGUCCUGCAUACAGGUAGCCUUCAAGUUACAACAAUUUGUUUAA